CUCUUUCCUCCAUGCCUGUAUGGUGUGGUGCAGGUACUUGGCUCGUCUCGUCGUCCGUCCUUGCCCAUCGUGCCAUCUCAUCUCGAGGCCGAGCGGAAACAACACCACACAGACUCGCAUCAUGUCGACAUCCCGUCCGUAGUCCACCGCACAGACAUGACACGAGGGGGCGGAAACGGAGUCGGGAGCGGGGAUGCGCGAGCAGCAUUUUCAGCACAUGCAAAGUCUAAAGCGAAGAAAAAAUAAAAAUAAAAUAGAAUCGUUC